GGGGUUGGGCUUGUUUAGGAAGGCAUCCAAAACACACAUAGGCCUAAACACACCCUCUCACACACACAGACAACCAUCUGCACGGUCAGUGGGCAGAAGGCGGAUCGUGAGUGGACUCCAGGACUUCCUCAGCGGAGCGGAGCAGAGCCGACAGCGCAAUCAUGGAUGAAUCUGCUCCCCGUCCUGGUCGCACUAUGUUUGCGUGGCUGGUGGGAGCGUCACAGGUGCUGGGCCUGGCGUCGGUGGUGCUGACCGGUGUGUGGAUGGGUCACUAUCGAGGGGGCUUCGCCUGGGACGGCUCAGCGCAAGAGUUCAACCUGCACCCUCUGUGCAUGGUGCUAGGGAUGGUCUUCCUGCAAGGCGAUGCCAUCCUGGUUUACAGAGUAUUUAGAAAUGAGGCAAAGAGGAACGUAAAGCUGCUGCACGGCAUCAUUCACCUGCUCGCCCUCAUCAUGAGCAUCAUAGGUUUUGUAGCUGUGUUUGACUUCCACAGAACAGCAAAAAUUCCAGACAUGUACUCUCUACACAGCUGGUGCGGCAUGGCUACCAUGGUCUUAUUCUGUAUACAGUGGGUGAUGGGUUUGUUCUUCUUCCUGUUUCCUGUUGCGUCGUCAUGGUUACGAGCCAUGUAUCUCCCCAUCCAUGUGUUUUGCGGUCUGGCUCUGCUGGUUAUGGCCAUAGGGAGCAGCCUGCUCGGCAUCACGGAGAAACUCCUCUUCAGCAUCAUGCCAACCUACUCUAAAUUUGCCUCCGAGGGGGUCCUGGCCAACGUCUUGGGGAUCGUGCUGGUGUGUUUUGGGGUGCUGCUAGGCUACCUCAUCACCAAAGAGGAGUACAGACGUCCACCAAACCCAGAGGAAGAGGCUCUUUCUGUUCACUUCAAGACCCUGACUGAGGGGGGGUCACCCACAACGCCCUGACCAGGGGCCUCAAUGACUAAUAGGUACAAAAACCUUUGGUACUAGUCACGUAGAUCGCCUCAAGUAAAAAAAGGUCUAUCUCUUUAGGGAUCCUUUCCAUAACGGUGAAACUUGCGUACUUUUGAUGGGCGCAAAUGCCCACAAGGAUUACGUUGCAGCCGUUGCAGUUAUUGCAGCCCGUUUUGCAGUUGACGGCUGAGGCGAUCUACUGGACCAAUUCCAAAUCUUUUUGUACCUAUUAGCCAUUUAGACCCCAAAAUAUGUAAAACUAGGGCCCAGGUUUCAAACUACCAGAAUUACUCUUUAAGAUCAGAAUACAAGAAACCUUGUAAAUGUAAAUGCUGUAUAAGGAAAAUACAAUCACACCAAAUUAUAUCAAAUGUAUAAAAACAUUUGAAAUUUUAUAGAGCAAAGAGUGUUGUCUCCACAUGGUUUCUCUGUAGCCACCAAAGCCCCGAUGUGUAGUUACAUUUUUGUCAACUACGCCGUACAGUGGCUAAAUGUGUACAUGCGUAUUACUCCGAGAUAUAGAAGUAUAUAUGCAGCUUGUCUUCUGUUCAGAAAUUGUUCUGGACUAACAACUUUUGCAGAUGGGCCCCGACAGUAUAUCGCCUCCCACUUCUGCACAAUGCUAAAAUGGAGCCCUAAACCCAGCUCAUACCUGUAUCUUUAAAACCCAACGUGACUGAACCCGACUGGUACUGCCAAAUGUGAGACCCAGACCUGAACCGAAGCUUUAUUUUUGCUUUAUUUCUUUUGUUACUGACACAAAUUCUUCUUUGCUGUGCGCUACCGGGUUUUGUCUUCACUAACACACUACUUUCGCACUACAAAACUAUCAAUUACGCUGCAAUGAAGUCUGUCCUUUUAUGUGACGUCCUACAGUAACUACCUGUGCCAGAUCCAAGUGUUGAGAAGCUCAGUCAGUACAGUUUGUCCACAACGUAUUUCAUUUGUUCAUUAGUAAGCUGUUUGUGUUUAAAUUAAAAAAUACAUGUUCAGUGUGUAUUCAGGUGAAUGUUAUUAGUUUAGUGGCUACAGCUGUUAAAUUUAUAUCGUGCUUAACCAAAUUACACACGUGUAGCUGCAGUUUGUUUUUGGCCUUGACUUCAGGACUCAGUGCUAGUGCCUAAUACAAAGCUUUUACAGAAACUUAGCAUAUGGAUGUUGUUUGUGUUCAUGUAUGCCUUGAAAGUGUCAUAUUUCAAAAAGGAAGUGUUAAUCUCACUGGGACAACCUUAAAUAAACAAACAAGCAAAAAAAGAAA